AUGUAUGGGCGCUAUACGCAGGACCUUGGCACGGGCCCCUUCGCCAAGGACGAGGCGGCUCGGCUGCGGCUGCAUGGGGAGGGGGACCCCCCCAGGCCCCGCCGCCCCUCUGAACUGCUGGAGUACACCCAGGGCCGCUGUGCGCCCUGCCGAGUCUGCACCUUGCAGUGCCAGCGGUUCCUCUUCUCCAAGGUGGGCGAGGACUGGGUCUUCCUCAUCCUCCUGGGGCUGGUUAUGGCACUGGUCAGCUGGGCCAUGGACUUUGCCAUUGCCACCUGCCUCCAAGCCCAGAAGUGGAUGUAUGGGGGCCUGGACACCAACAUGCUGCUGCAGUACCUGGCUUGGGUCACCUACCCCACCGUGCUCAUCACCUUCUCAGCCGGCUUCACCCAGAUCCUCGCUCCCCAGGCUGUGGGCUCGGGGAUCCCUGAGAUGAAGACCAUCCUACGGGGUGUUGUGCUAAAAGAGUACCUCACCUUCAAGACCUUCGUGGCCAAGGUGAUUGGGCUGACCUGCGCCCUGGGCAGUGGCAUGCCGCUAGGCAAGGAGGGUCCCUUCGUCCACAUCGCCAGCAUGUGUGCAGCCCUGCUCAGCCGCUUCCUCUCCCUCUUUGGAGGCAUCUAUAAGAAUGAGGCAAGGAACAUCGAAAUGCUGGCAGCUGCCUGCGCCGUUGGUGUCGGCUGCUGCUUCGCUGCCCCCAUCGGAGGCGUCCUCUUCAGCAUCGAGGUCACCUCCACCUUCUUUGCUGUCCGCAACUACUGGCGUGGCUUCUUCGCUGCCCCCGUUCUCGCCGUCUGGAACAAGGAUGAAGAGACGAUCACGGCGCUGUUCAAAACCCGCUUCCUCCUUGCCUUCCCCUUUGACCUGCAGGCGCUGCCUGCCUUUGCUGUCAUUGGGAUUGCCAGCGGCUUUGGGGGCGCACUCUUCGUCUACCUCAACCGCAAGAUUGUGCAGUUCAUGCGCCGGCAGAAGACCAUCAACCGCUUCCUCAUGAAGAAGCGCCUGCUCUUCCCUGCCCUGGUGACACUUCUCAUCUCCACACUGACCUUCCCACCCGGCUUUGGACAGUUCAUGGCCGGCCAGCUCACCCAGAAGGACACCCUGGUGACACUCUUUGAUAACCAAACGUGGGCCAAACAAGGGAUCAGUGAUGAGUUCGAAUACUUGGGCAUCCUGGAGGCCUGGCACCACCCCCGCUCCAACGUCUUCGUCACCCUUGUUGUCUUCAUCCUCAUGAAGUUCUGGAUGUCAGCCUUGGCCACCACCAUCCCAGUGCCCUGCGGAGCCUUCAUGCCUGUCUUCGUCAUUGGNNNNCUUUUGGGGCGCCUGGGGGGGGAGAGCAUGCCAGCCUGGUUCCCUGACGGCAUCCACGCUGACAGCAACACCUACCGCAUUGUGCCGGGGGGCUACGCCGUGGUGGGUAAGCACUGGGCUGGCACAGGAACCCACACGGUGUCCACGGCCGUCAUCGUCUUUGAGCUGACAGGGCAGAUCUCGCACAUCCUGCCCGUCAUGAUCGCCGUCAUCCUGGCCAAUGCUGUGGCCCAGAGCCUCCAGCCCUCCCUCUACGACAGCAUCAUUCGCAUCAAGAAGCUGCCCUACCUCCCUGAGCUGGGCUGGGGCCACCACGAGAAAUACAAUGUGCGGGUGGAGGACAUCAUGGUGCGGGACAUCCGCUACGUCACCCUUAACUGCAAGUACCGUGACCU